UCCCAAAAAGGUCUCCAUUUUCAUCAUUAUCUGUUGAUUCUGCAGGCUGCACCCUCUCUCUCUCUCUCUGCGCUCCAAAACCUUUUACCAAUAGGUUCCAUUUGAAGCAACCAAAAAUAGUCCCAGUAGGGGCAGGCAGCAAUGGGAUGGUCGCUGAUGUGUAACUCUCCAUUUGGGUCAGAUUUCAACUUCCUUCUGACUCAGAAUUCUCUGCAAAUCUUGUUGUUUUUGACGUGAGUGGAUUACGAUUCUUGUUUACCGGUGUUUAGUCCAUUCAUUGGUUUGAUUUCAUAUAUUCAAACCAGCCAUGAGUUUUUCUUCAACUCCUCUGCUUUAAUUUCUUCACGCCCAGCAUUUCUUGCUUUUAACUCACUUCACUUAUCAAUGGAUUAAACCAAACCCAUGGCUUUUCCACUUCCACCUUCUCGCGCACUACUCUGAACAUGGGUUCUACUACUUUGCUUUUCUACAAACACCUGCUGGGCGCCUUCUUCCUCUCUGUUCCUUCCUACUUGCUUGCUCUGUUGUUGAGUUUCAUCACUUCAUUCGUCUUCAGAUUAAGAAGAGGCGGCGGUUCUUUGGACAAAAGGUUUGAUUUCGCGGAUUCUGUUUCUGAAGAGUCCAAUUCUGGGGGAUCAGUGGCCGAAUCAGAGAACAAUUGUGAAGAAUUUAAUAGCUCUAUUGGAUUUUCAGAUUCAGAGAAUGAGGCGUGUCUCGAAUUUAGAUUCCCCUCCUAUGACGAAUUCAUUAAUCGCAAGGAAAAAGAUGAGCUCCGUGAGUUGGUUGAUUCUGAGGUAUUGCUAACUUCUUCAAGCUGUACUAAUUAUGAAUUCCUGUCUCAAAGUAAGGGUUUUAGUGGGGAACCAGAGCCAGAGGUUCAUAACAUUAAUAUUGCCGUGGUAGAUUCUGAAACCAUCUUAGAAAAUCAAAGCACAGUUGCAUUAGAUAAGAAUUUGGAGCAGUCUGAUUGUGAAGAAGGAGAUGAUGUUCAUAACAAAGAAAUGGAGAAUUUAGGCACAAAGGAGGAUGAGGGAACAAUGCUCUCAUGGGAAUUAGGUAAAGCAGCAGAGAACCAAACUCAGGCUGAUUUCGAAUUGUCCGAGAAAGAGUCAUUAGUUACAGAUUCUGAUUCGGUCUCGAUUGGCUUUGAGCACAUGCAUGGUCUUAUAAGCCGCCUUGUCGAUUACUAUAGCGAUGAUGGCUUCUCGUCGGAUCAGGAUUUUGUGGGAGAAUUCGACUUAGAAGUGCAUCAUUCUGAGGAAAAACAAGCCCAGAUUAUGGCUGCUGCUUUCAAUCAAGUUGAUACUUAUGUAGAACUGGAAGACCAUGUUGGGAAAUUAGAACAAGAUCAUCUAGAUAACCUGGAGAUAUUGGCAUCCCAGUUUUUAUCAGAGAAUGAAGAAGAUGAAGAAGAAGAUGAACUAAUGAAUAAUGGCUCAAAACAGUCCAAUAAUGAAGCUGCUUUGGAUUCUGGGGAAGCAAACAAAUUGGAGUCCUUGUGGGAACAUCAAGAAUUAAUUGAGCAGUUACAGAUGGAACUUAGAAAGGUCAGAGACACUGGCCUUCUGCCUACUAUCUUCGAAGAAUCCGAAUCUUCGAAAAUGGAAGACUUGAAGCCAUGGAAGAUUGAUGAAAGGUUCCAACGUGGAGAUUGCAUGGGUGAGCUUCACAAGUUCUACAGGAGUUACAGAGAGAGGAUGCGCAAAUUUGAUAUCUUGACGUAUCAGAAGAUGUAUGCAAUAGGUCUUCUGCAGAAAGAUCCACUUCAGUUACUCUCAAGCCACAAAUCUCCUCGUCCAACGUUCAAAUCUCUCCUGUCACAAAACCUUUGGCUACUCAAACAAAAGAGCCACAGGGCUGAUCCAAUGAAAAAGUUUAUAAAAGAAUUGCAGAGUGAUUUGGAAGUGGUAUAUGUUGGACAGAUGUGCCUUUCAUGGGAGUUCCUAAAUUGGCAAUAUGGGAAGGCCCUGGACCUGUGGGAUUCUGACCCACGUGGAGUCCAUCAAUACAAUGAAGUUGCUGGAGAGUUUCAACAAUUUCAAGUGCUCAUACAGCGAUUUAUAGAAGAUGAACCUUUUCAAGGCACCAGGGUUCAACAUUAUAUCAACAGACGAUGUGAUGCUCGAAAUCUUCUACAAGUUCCUGUUAUAAGAGAGGACAGCAUAAAGGACAGAAAGAAGAGUAGCAGAAGAUAUGAAGAAAGUGGUGACAAUGGCAUUACAAUUGAGAUGAUAGUGGAGACGCUUGAAGAAUCUAUUAGGGUUUUUUGGCAUUUUGUUAAAGCCGAUAAGGAUUCUGCUAUCACGACAAUGAAGGGUCAGAAGGGAGUGCAUCCAGAUGUUCAAAAUGCAGAAGAUCUUGAGCUGUUUAUGGACGUGAUGAAGAGUCUUCGAAAGUUGCAGAAGGAGAAUGCGCUGAAAAACAUAUUGAGAAGUGAGCAGUGCAUAUUGAGGAGGUUGAGAAGAUGUCGAGACGAAGAUUCAGAUCAUGUUCUAUACUUCUUCUCUCAAGUAGAUAUGAAAUUAGUUUGUAGGGUCCUUAACAUGUCUAGGCUGACAACAGAUCAACUAGUGUGGUGUCAUGAGAAAUUAAGCAGGAUUAGCUUCGUGCAGAGAAAAAUUCGUGUAGAGCCUUCAUUUUUGCUCUUCCCUUGUUAAUAUCUUACUACUUCGCAUUCUUUUUUUGUAAAAAAGAAAAAUGUUAAAUUUUACUGACCUUGGUCAAGUGAAAGUUACUAUGAAAGUUGUGAAUUACAAUGUUUAACUUUUCAGAAAA